UGGCAUCCUAGUUUUUCCUCUGCACGUGUGUUUUGACGUUGUUUACAUUUUUUCCACCAAACAAGUGCGGGUUUUUUUAUUUAUUUGGUAAUUUAUAAAAGAAAUAAGUCAAAUUAAUCAAGUAUUUAAAUAAAAAUGAAGUUUUCUUAUAAAUUUUCCAAUUUAUUGGGCACAAUAUAUCGUAAUGGUAAUUUGCUUUUUACACCCGAUGGAAAUUCCAUAAUAAGUCCCGUGGGUAAUAGAUUAACUUUAUAUGAUCUUAAAAACAACAAAGCCUCUACCCUGUCCUUGGAAUCACUGUAUAAUUAUCAAAGUUUGGCCUUGUCUCCCGAUGGCAGUUUGUUGUUGGCUGUCAAUGAGCGUGGACAAGCCCAGCUUAUAAGUAUGGUAUCAUGUACCGUGAUACAUCAGCAUAAAUUUCAACAUGCCGUCAAGUGUGUGGCCUUUAGUCCUAAUGGUGCCCAUUUUGCUGUGGCUAUGCAAAAUUUGAUAUUUAUUUUUAAAGCUCCUGGUGAGAUAACUGGUGAAUAUAAUCCUUUUGUUUUGGAACGUCACUAUUUGGGUGGUUAUGAUGAUGUUACUUGCCUCGAUUGGUCUUCAGACUCGCGUUUUCUCAUAGUAGGCUGUCGUGAUAAUUCGUCUAAAGUUAUAGCCAUAAAACAUAUGAAUAAAUUCCGUACCUUCAUUCUGGGCGGUCAUACAGAUGCCAUGGUGGCUUGUUUCUUUGAAAACAAUAGCUUACAUGCCAAUACUAUCAGUCGUAACGGUCAGUUGUGUUUGUGGGAAUGUAGUUUGGAACCUUCUGAUAUAGAAGAAAGAACACGUUACGAACACCAGGAUGGACAACAAUUAUCCUUGCAAAAGAAAAGAACUAAACCCUCAGGCAAUGAAUCAGCUGAAGAAUCUGAAGAUGAUGUAGAAAAUACAGUGGAAAAACGUAAUAGUAAUAUGACUGGUGAAGACAAUUUACCCGAGAAUAUGGUAGAUGAGAAUGACAUUAAAGAUGAAGAUGUUAAGAAAGGACAUCCGUUUUAUUAUAAAAAAUUGGCCCGUCACUAUUUGGCCGAUGAACCACGUAAAGAACAUCGUGAUGCUGUCUUGACUACUGCUCAUUAUAAUCGACAAACUAAGGUUUUGGUGGUGGGUUUUAGCACCGGCUCCUUUUAUCUCUACGAAUUGCCUGAGGUUAAUAUGAUACAUUCUUUAAGUAUAUCAGAUUAUGCCAUUUCCUCGGCUUUGUUUAACAACACCGGCGAUUGGGUGGCCUUGGCAUCUAGGGAAAUGGGUCAAUUGUUGGUUUGGGAAUGGCAGUCAGAGCAAUAUAUUAUGAAACAGCAGGGUCAUAGCAGUGAAAUGGCUUGUGUAGCCUAUUCUCCCGAUGGUCAGUAUAUAGCCACCGGUGGUGAAGAUUCAAAAGUAAAAUUAUGGAACACUCAAAGUGGUUUCUGUUUUGUUACGUUCUCCGAACACACUAGCGGUGUGACUGGUGUACAAUUCAGUCGUGGUAAAAAGUUUUUGGUUAGUUGUUCUUUGGAUGGUACUGUAAGGGCUUUUGAUAUAAUACGUUACCGUAACUUCCGUACCUUUACCUCUCCCACCCCUGUGCAAUUUUCCUGUGUCGCCAUGGAUUACUCCGAUGAAUUAGUAGUGGCUGGCGGUUUAGAUGUUUUUGAGUUGUAUUUAUGGUCGGUUAAAUUGGGUACUUUAUUAGAGGUAAUCAGUGGCCAUGAGGGUCCUAUUUCUUCUAUUGCCUUUGCUCCUGUGGCUUCUUCUUCAACGAUGGUUUCUGGCUCUUGGGAUAAAACCAUUAAAAUUUGGAAUUGUUUGGAAAAUAAAUCAGAACAUGAAACUAUUGAUUUACUAUCUGAUGUUACCUGUGUGGCUUUUAGUCCUAAUGGAGAAAAUGUGGCUGUGGCUACUUUAAAUAGCAAUAUUGUGGUAUUCGAUGUUAAAACUGCCUCACAGAUAAGCACUAUAGAGGGACGCAAUGAUUUGGAUAGUGGUCGUUUGGAUACGGAUGUUAUUACCGCCAAAAAGAAUAAAUUGGGAAAGUAA